AUGGAGAAGGAGAUUGAGGCCUUGGAAACACAAGAACUCAAUAUCUCUGCCAAUGAAGAAAUUGUGGUGAAGCGGCUAAAAGAGGUGGAGAGAACAGCUGAAGACAUUAUCAAGGAGGUACACGCAGAGUCCCAACCAGAUGUGACCCAUCAUGUCCCUUCACCACUACCAGAUAUGCUAUCACUCAUUCCACUGGCAGCAGCAGAAACCCAUCCUGUAUGUGAACUCGGUAGCCAUGAACCAAAGAAAGCUACAUUUGCUAUGAAGAUCAGUGUGGAAAAUGAUAAGAAAACAGGCAAAAGUCAUGUGGUGUCAGCUUCAACCAUCAUCCCAGAAACCAUCCAAAAGAAUGGGAUAAAGGUAUAUGAUGAUGGACGUAAGUCUGUGUAUGCACUGCACCCAGGGACAACUAAAAUCCAUAGUGAAACAGUUGGAGAGAUGACCCCUACCGAGGUAGAAGAGCUUCUGCAUCAGGCCGCUGAUAGGAAUGUACCUACUGAGGUGCAGUACCAUCUACCUGUCUAUUCUGUGCCCUAUAUAGGGACGAAUAGGCCAUCAACACCAAGGAAAUCAACUAAAUCACUAACAAAAAACUCAAAACCCAGCCCCUUACGGAAUGUAAACUCAUUCAAAACUGGAUCUCUAAUCCUAAAUGAGAAAAACCACUGCAGCCAAGGCCUGCAGGAACAAAAUCCCCCAAACAAAACUCCUCUAUCGAUCUGUCAAGACUCGACUUUAAAAGUACGAAGAGUUGGAGAAGGGGCCAAACUGCACUCUCGAGAGCAGGCCAAGUGUGAGACCUUUCUAAUACCACAGUCACACUUUAGCACCAAGUGUCCAAGAGCAUUCGCCAACAGCACAACAGAUACAAGCAGUCCAAACACAGCAGCUCUUGUUUCAGUUAAAUUCAGGCCUGAAGGAAUGCCUGGACCCAAAGAGCCAGUCUACAGAAUAUUAGAUAGAUCUAGUUCUUCACUCGUCCACCAUAAAUUUGAUCCUGAUCCCUUGCUAGGCACCUCAGGUGACUCUAACAAAGAUUUACCCUCUUGUGCAGAAAAUAAUGUCUCUCUGAACCUUGUCAGCACUCUGCCAGGGGAGCUAGAACCCAUAUCAAUGAUCUUCAUGGGCUACGAGAAUGCUGAGGAGGAGGAAGACAUUCAAGCUGAGUUGGUGAUUAUUGACAACAGUUCUGAUAAUAACGACAACGAUGAGGAUGAAAAUGAAAUCAACAGGGAAGAGUAUCUUUUAUACCACCCACAGGGGUACAGAAGCAAAGUAUUUCAACCCAAGGUGCAUACAGCUAAGGUCAUAGAGCUCAGAGACAUUACAGAUACCUAAAGAGACCAGGAGGAUUUAGGACUCCACAAGCCAACAUUCAUCCACAAGUAUGGAAAGCACAGUCCUUAUUUACAGGAGCGGUCAAAAUGGAGACGAUGAAGCUCAGUCAAAUAGGAAAAUGAGAAACUGAAUUGUUAGGAAAAGAACUGGGAAUAGAAUUUGUUAGGUGAUUUUUCUUCCCCAACAUUUGUCUUUUUUUCUGGUGAAUGUGCUCAUGCAUGCAUUUUCUGCUGCCAAGCCAAUGUAGUACUUCUCAGCCUGCCAAUCUUUAAUAAUAAUAAAUUGUGAUUUGUGCCAUUAUGAAACCUUAACUUCUCUUGAGUGAUAGAAACACCUGAUAGACUUUUUGUUUAUUAGUAACUGUGCCACUGGAAUUAAAAUUUUAUCAUUCAGUUAGUUUGUUGCUUUGUAACUGAGUUGCAUUAAAUGGUACUGUGCUGUGAAUCAACCUGUGCUCAUACCUUUGAUCUAAGUUCAUUUGUUUGGUCAAGUCUAUGUCUUAAAUUUCUGAUGGCAGUUAUCUACCAAAUUUCCUUGUUUCUAGUGCACUUUAGGAGUUGGAAUGGGAAAGUCUGGUAUUGGCGGGGCAUAAACAUGUC